UUUUUCCACAGCACGGACCUGGAUCGUCACAAGAGGACUCACACAGAUCAGAAGCCAUACAAGUGCGAUGUCUGCCCUGCGGAGUUCAGCCAGAAACCUACAGCACCACAAGCGGACGCACACAGGCGAGAAGCCAUACAAGUGCGACGUCUGCCCUGCGGAGUUCAGCCAGAAGGGGAACCUACAGCACCACAAGCGGACGCACACAGGCGAGAAGCCAUACAAGUGCGACGUCUGCCCUGCGGAGUUCAGCCAGAAGGGGAACCUACAGCACCACAAGCGGACGCACACAGGUGAGAAGCCAUACAAGUGCGACGUCUGCCCUGCGGAGUUCAGCCAGAAGGGGAACCUACAGCACCACAAGCGGACGCACACAGGUGAGAAGCCAUACAAGUGCGACGUCUGCCCUGCGGAGUUCAGCCAGAAGGGGAACCUACAGCGCCACAAGUUGACGCACACAGGUGAGAAGCCAUACAAGUGCGACGUCUGCCCUGCGGAGUUCAGCCAGAAGGGGAACCUACAGCACCAAAAGCGGACGCACACAGGUGAGAAGCCAUACAAGUGCGACGUCUGCCCUGAGGAUUUCAGCCAGAAGGGGAACCUACAGCACCACAAGCGGACGCACACAGGUGAGAGGCCAUACAAGUGCGAUGUCUGCCCUGCGGAGUUCAGCCAGAAACAUACAGCACCACAACACCACAAGCGGACGCACAAAGGUGAGAAGCCAUACAAGUGCGAUGUCUGCCCUGAGGAGUUCAGCCAGAAGGGGAACCUACAGCACCACAAGCGGACGCACACAGGUGAGAAGCCAUACGAGUGCGACGUCUGCCCUGCGGAGUUCAGCCAGAAGGGGAACCUACAGCACCACAAGCGGACGCACACAGGUGAGAAGCCAUACAAGUGCGACGUCUGCCCUGCGGAGUUCAGCCACAAGGGGAACCUACAGCACCAAAAGCAGACGCACACAGGUGAGAAGCCAUACAAGUGCGACAUCUGCCCUGAAGAUUUCAGCCAGAAGGGGAACCUACAGCACCACAAGCGGACGCACACAGGUGAGAAGCCAUACAAGUGCGAUGUCUGCCCUGCGGAGUUCAGACGGAGCCAGAGCCUACUGCAUCACAAGCGGACACACCCGGGUGAGAAGCCGUACAAGUGCAUGGACUCUGGGAGCGCCGUGCUGGAGAAGGAUACAUUGAAUAAAAAACUGGGCAAUAUCAGCAGCUGUUGCGGAAGGCAGGGCGGAAGCAACGACGUAUCUGGUGGAAUGGUGAAUUGCCGUUACAAGCCAGUGGUUUCCAGAAGUGGACAGGGGGAGGGGGCCGAAGAGGUCAACUCCGACUCGUUCAAAAGGAUGGAGUGGGGGUGGCAGAGGAUGUAG